GGUCAAGUUGCAAGUGAUGGUAUGAAUUGUGAGAUAGAUACCAGCACUAUUGAUAAUAAAUUUUGGACCAGACUGUCCAAAUCAGUGUUUAAUGAGGAYUCUGAAUCUACCAUUUUCUCGGAUAACCAGACAAUAUCUCAUUCAGAUAACUCCAAGAAGUCAGAGUAUGGCAACGCAGGUCAAAGGGAAUAGCGGAACACAGUCGAAGAGCAGGGAUCUUGUCGAGAGGGAAGAACUGCUCACUGAAUACCGAAACAAUGGCGAUAAAGUCCUGAACCUACGUGUCGAUACCGACGCUGCCAGCACAGCCUCUAAAGAAACUUGGAAGACACAAAUACAAGUCAUCCUAGAGACAUUAUGUCCCUUUCUUCUCCCCAGCAAUGACAACGACGGCGAUAGCAGUCGUUUGCAAAUCAAGCCAUUGACUGGAGGUCUGAGUAAUCACCUGUUGUUGGCAUCUAACAAUUCAAAGACUGUCUUGGUCCGCAUACAUCCCGAUACCAAGGGAGAGACCGCAUCGGAAUUCUCGGUUGUCGAUCGGGAAAGGGAACCAAAAUUCGCAGCCUGGCUGGCCUCGCACAAAGAAAAACUGGCACCAACUAUCUACGGUCGAUUCGCAAAUGGAAGGGUCGAAGAAUUUUACACCAAUACCCGACCCCUCGCCUGGGGCGAGAUGAAGUACUAUGCACCGUGGAUUGCAGAACGCAUGGCCUCCUUUCAUUCCCUCGACGCUCCUCCGUCGGACGUCUUGCCUCGGCCAACGAAAGYKGUUACUGCUACUAUUUAUGRCACGAUAGGAUCUUGGCUGAACGAGGCUCGUUCUACAAUYCAAAAGCGGAAGRCCGAACACGACAGCGAGGCCAAGAACGAAGGUGAAGAAUUGUUCCUGAGUCAAUUGUCCUCCGAGUGGGCCUGGCUCGAAAACGAGCUGAGAAGGCUCCCACCACCGCCGAACCACGCGCGAGCSGAAGCCGACAAGUCCACGGUCGCUGAAGCUUUGACAUUCAUACGACGAAUUGCCGUUACGCACAUGGACUGUCAACCGCUGAAUAUUUUGAUCGGCAACGACGAUGACGAAAACAAUGCUGCGACUGCUAAUUUCGCCCAAGGCGCAAACACGUUGCGACUGAUAGAUUUCGAAUACGCUGGCUGGAACCCMAUUGUAAGUACCACGUAUGAUUAGUUCACUUGGUGUCGACCAAGAAAGCAGAUCGAAGAAAAACGACGCAAUAGUUCUCCGCUAUGACAAUUCAGUAUGAUGGCCUGCAUUGUUAUUCUUCGUGGUAGUCAUCAACUGUCUGCCGUGUUCAUUGUCAUUUGUUAUUGUAACCAAUUCUUGCUCUCCCCACUCGUUUGCUAACCUUUGUUUAUACUCUUCAAUUCAAUUCGAUAUUAUACAAUGCAUCGUCUUUUCACAAAGGCUGCUGAUAUCGCCAACACAUUUUGUGAGUAUUGCGAAGCGACCAAUCUUUGUGCCGACUGGGACAAAGAAUACCCAACUCCUGCUCAGCAAGAUACCUUUUUCUGGAACUACCUCUUGCAUUCGGAUCCGCAACGAGCAAAGAAAUUUUCGUCGUAUCCACGUCGGCAGCAAGACCCAAACCAUUAUGCAGCUGAUGACGCAGAAUGGAACUUAUUUUGCGCUACACUCCAAAAAGAGGUCGGAAGAUUUUCCUUGCUCUCGCACUUGGGGUGGUCCAUUUGGAGCGUUAUUAAAGCGCAAGAGGAAGGUGGUGUCGACUUUGAUUAUAUGGCGUACGCACACCAUCGCAUGGAAGGAUACACAUGGUCAAAGAAACGAUAUAUCGCUACCACAGGGGAUACAGUCACGGACUAACCAAUGAUCAACAACGAACAACGAACAACGAACUUGUUUCGAUUUAUUUGAACUACCAUUUAAUGCGCUAUGAAAUGCUAAAAGACACUGUAAACUACUAUCAUAGUUGAGCUUGAAGGAUACUAUUUCAGUUGACAUUAUCAGUACU